CGACUUCACAGUGCAUGCAUCAAAUGUUCCGCGUGAAAAAAUUUGCUUGUUUAUGACUGCCGACCCAAAACAAGCAAGGAACUGGGCACUGGGCAUUCAAAUUUAACGCUUUAAACAUUUUUGGACCGAGACCUGGAGAUGGAGAGACGUUCAAGGAGCUUAAGGAGUCAAGAAGGAAAAACUCGGAUUCAAAAGCCACUGUGCAGGCUGUGCGAGUGUCCGACGUCGGACGGCCACGUCCUCGCGUCGCAGGUGGACAGGCUCAAGCUGAGGAAAUGGGCCAUGGAGGUCAUGAACCUGACGGAAGAAGACGAAAACCUGCCGGAGGUGGUCGAAGAAGACGCUUUGAUCUGCUAUUUUUGCAUCUGGCAGGCUGAGUUCGGGGAUGAGUCUAGAGACGAGGCUGUUGCUUGGUGGCCCAAAAACCUUGAUUUGGAAGAAAACGCUAGGGUGCUGCGGGAGAAUUAUUCAGUCGGAGAAGUAGACCAGUGUUGGGUGCAGUUGGAGGAGAUUGAUCUGGCCAAAUACACGAAGAAAAUCUCUACAAAAGGGACACCCGUCAGAGGAGUGUGCAUUUACUGCGGCAAGACAUACAACCAACUGAUGCCGCACGUCAAACUGAUGCACAAAGAAGCCAUCAAAUGCGGAAUUUGGGGCUGUACGACUUACUUUCACACUGAGGAGGAAAAAGAGCAGCACAUGCAGCAGGAUCUUCACGAGAAACGAAACAAACCAUGCGAAAGCGGCCAAAUACGUUGCAAAUUUUGUCGAAACAGUAAAUUGUAUUCCUCAAGAACAUUGUGGAGGACGCACAUGAAACGCAUGCAUCCAGAACUGGUUGCGUGCACGCGUGUUGGCUGCCAAGAUUACUUCAAAUCCAAGACUGAAAUGAUUCUCCAUAUCAACUCGUUUCACAAACAAGGCAAAAAUCAAGAUCUUUUCCAGUGCAAGCAUUGCGAGUAUUUCACCACUAAGGAAACCACGUUAAUGCUACACCAACAAUGGAAGCACUUGCCAAAGAUGUUCAAAUGCGACAGCUGCGACGCCAGUUUCGGCUCAAAAUACCUGGUUAAUUAUCACAACAAUCAAUUUCAUAGAUUCGACAAGUGCAAAUCUUGUGGCCAGGACGUGGCUCUCGCAUACAAGGCAGUCCACAGAAGGCUAUCGCUUUGCACCAAAUGCAAACUCCGUUUCAAGUGCUCUGGUUUGUAUCAACUGCAUCGGAAGAGCUGCAAACAAAACCCCUAUAGUUGCAAAGAGUGUGGAGAAUCGUUCAACGUGUAUUUGAAGUUCAAUCGCCACGUGAGAAAAUUUCACAGCAAAACCGCAAGUUUUCGCUGCGACCAUUGCGACUAUUCCACAUUUGAAACGGGCCGCAUGGCGUGGCACAUGCAAUGGAGACAUUUACCAAAGAUCAUUAAGUGUGUAGAUUGCAACAAAUUGUAUGGCUCAAAAUCUAUUCUUAAGAGUCACAAGGACAGAUCGCACAAAUACGUUCGUUGCGCAGAAUGUGCCAAGGAAAUAAGCAAUCAAAACAUAUUAUUUCACCGGAAAGUAAAGACUUGCCACCACUGCGAGUUCAAAUUUAAGUGCUCAGGACUUCUUGCAAAUCAUAUCUGUCUGGAGGGUAAUAAUCUCUUUUGUGACAAGUGCCCAAAAGUUUAUAGGAGUAGGAAAGGUUUGAGUGCUCAUAUUGUCAGGAUGCACAUUGAUAAAUAAAAAAAUGAAAAGCUUUAAUCUUAAAAGUUGCUUUAAAAAUGUUAAAUUAAAAGAAACUUAGCAGGAUAAUUCUGCUCCAGUUUCAAUUUUUGUAAUAGGUGUUUAGUGUAAAAAACAUUUGUGAAAUUUAUUUUGAAUCUAAAAUAUAUAUUCAUUAUUCAAAUUACAAUAAAAUCUUAUUG